AUGCCUUCCUUCACCGUUCCUCCAGUUGUGCUGUUCGUGGUGCUGCACAUCUUGGCCUCUCCCGCCACCGCAUGCACCGAGCAGGAGAAGCAUAAUCUGCUCCGGUUCCUAGCCGGGCUAUCGCGAGAUGGUGGCCUCGCCACGUCAUGGCGCGACAACAGCACGAACUGCUGCAAGUGGGAAGGCGUCGUCUGCAAUGAAGAUGAGGCCGUUACUGAGGUAUCCCUGGGAUCUAAAGGACUUGAAGGGUGCAUCUCGCCAUCCCUGGCCAACCUCACCAGCCUGCUACAUGUCAAUCUCUCGUACAACCCCUUCUCUGGUGGCCUUUUGCCAGAGCUCAUGUCCUCCGGAAGCAUCAUCAUCCUUGACGUCAGCUUCAACCAGCUCAACGGACCGCUGCCCGACCUGCCGUACUUGGUUACCACCAACCGGCCUCUGCAGGUACUCAACAUCUCAAGCAACCAGUUCAGCUCAAAAUUUCCAUCAGCCACAUGGAAGGUGAUGAAAAAUCUGAUUGCACUCAACGCCAGCAAUAACAGCUUCACCGGGAACAUACCGUCUUCUCUCUGCCUUGGCUCGCCAUAUUUGGUAUUGCUUGACCUCUGUUAUAACCAAUUGAGUGGCAAUAUUCCCACUGCACUAGGUGAUUGCUCCAAGCUCAAAGUGCUCAAGGUGGGCCAUAACAACCUCAGUGGGACUCUCCCUGUUGAAAUCUUCCACGCUGCCUCGCUAGAGUACCUCUCCUUCCCCAACAAUGGUUUACAAGGAGAACUUGAUGGAGCACACAUAGUCAGACGCAGUAAUAUUCGUACUCUUGACCUUGGAGGGAACCACAUCAGUGGCAAAAUUCCAGAGUCCAUAGGUCAGCUCACAAGGCUGGAGGAGCUCCAUUUGGGUAACAAUAACAUGUCUGGGGAGCUGCCAUCAACUCUGAGCAACUGCAAAAAUCUCAAAACCAUUGAUCUGAAGCUCAAUGACUUCAGUGGAGACCUAGGCAAGGUAAACUUCGCCACCCUACAGAAUCUAAAAAGUUUAGAUCUCAUUAAGAAUAAUCUCAAUGGGAUAGUUCCAGAAAGCAUUUACUCAUGCAGCAAUUUGACUGCUCUGCGGUUGUCGGGCAACCAUUUCCAUGGUGAGAUCUCACUGAGAAUAGGCAAUCUGAAGCACUUGUCCUUCCUGUCACUUGUUAGAAACUCUUUCACGAACAUCACAAAAACUUUGCAUGCCCUUGAGAGCUGUAGGAACAUCAGCAUCCUGCUUAUUGGCAGAAACUUCAUGAAUGAGGCCAUGCCACAAGAUGAAAUCAUUGACGGUUUUCAGAAUCUUCAGUUUCUCUCCAUGUGCCAGUGUUCCUUGACUGGAAGGAUACCUGCUUGGUUGUCAAAGCUCACAAGUCUGAAGAUACUACUAUUAUCUAAUAAUCAACUCACUGGACCAAUGCCAAGCUGGAUCAACUCCCUAAACCACCUCUUUCGUCUGGACGUAUCUAACAACAGUCUCACUGGAGAAAUACCAGUCACCUUGAUGCAGAUGCCACUAUUAAAAUCAGAUAAGACUGGCAUGUAUUUGGACCCAAGCCUCAUUGACCUUGGUCUACUUAUUUAUGGUGUGGCUCCGACACAACUUCAAUAUCAUAUAGGCAGUGCUUCGGCCAAAGAGCUGAAUCUCGGUAAAAAUAAUUUCACAGGCAUGAUCCCACGAGAGAUCGGUCAGCUGAAAGCCCUCCUUUACAUGAACUUGAGUUCCAACAACUUUUAUGGAGAGAUCCCACAAUCGAUCUGCAAUCUCACAAACCUGCAGAGGCUAGAUCUGUCUAAUAAUCAUCUGACGGGUGCAAUCCCUGCAGCAUUGGAGAACCUUCACUUCCUUUCGCAAUUCAACAUAUCAAACAAUAACCUAGAAGGACCUAUUCCAACAAGAGGCCAGCUGAGCACAUUUCAAAAUUCUAGUUUUGGUGGGAACCCAAAGCUGUGCGGCUCUGUGCUUAUUAACCAUUGUGGUUCGGUUGAAGCAGCCCCCAUCUACAUCACAUCUGCAAAAGAAUACAUCGAUAAGGUCAUCUUUGUGAUUGCAUUUUGUGUGUUCUUUUGGGUAGCAGUGCUAUAUGACCAGUUAGUAUUAUUUAAAUAUUUUGGCUAG